AUGUAUACAUGUUAUAAUGCUGCUACCUCAUCAUUUCUUUACAGUGGUCAUCAAAUCAAGAAAAUUAAAGAAUUAGAUAACUCAGCUGCAAAACAACAUGAUUCACUUGAUCCAAAAAAGAAUUUAUAUGAAUCUAGUCAAGUUACAUUAUUUGGAAUUACUUAUGCUGUUGGAGACGUUGUACUUAUCAAUGAUUGUGUAUUUCCAGUUGAUCCUGUUUUUGGAACAAUUCUUACUAUUAUCAUUCAAGAUAAAAUUAUUCUUCUUCGUCUUCAACUAUUGCAAGUUAUUCUUUUUAAACAACAAUUA